AUAUAUCGCGUUGCGCAGACGAACUGACGCACGGCGAUUGUUGUGACAGAAGUGCAGAAGAGUAUCGUAUCGUGUCGUCGUCGUCGUCGUCCUAUCCAGUUCAGAAUCAGCAAAAUCCGUGUGAAAAUCGUUCGAGAAGGAAAAGAAUCAUCGGUCACGGGGACAGGAGGCGGAACACCGUAAAACUCGGUUGCUCGUGCUGUAGCGCGAGAACAAUGAAGUUUCAGUACAAGGAGGGGCAUCCCUUCGAAAAGAGGAAGGCCGAGGGUGAAAAGAUACGACGAAAAUAUCCCGACAGGGUUCCCGUAAUCGUCGAGAAAGCGCCUAAAGCGAAAAUUAGUGACUUGGACAAACAAAAGUAUUUAGUACCAUCUGAUUUGACCGUUGGACAAUUUUACUUCUUAAUCCGGAAGCGAAUUCAUCUUCGUCCUGAGGAUGCCCUUUUUUUCUUCGUUAAUAACAUCAUCCCACCUACGAGCGCCACCAUGGGUUCUCUUUAUGCGGAACACCAUGAAGAGGACUUCUUCCUUUACAUAGCGUAUAGCGACGAGAAUGUGUAUGGACAUUAAAUCAUAAUAAAGAAGACAACAUCAAAAGGACAAGAGCAGACGACAAAAAUUUUGCCAUCUACAAGCGUAGUACUUUUAGAUGCUUUCGGAAGUGUUAACAAAACAAAAAUUGUAUCUUUCAAAACCUUUUUUGAGUGAAAUUUAAAAUCCUAGCACAGCACACACUAAACUGAAUUUGCUUCCUUAAGAUAAAUUGGAUUUGUUCGUCUGCCAACAAAUGCAAAUGUCUUACAUUUUUCGAUUCCGUCACUCGCCGCCGACUAAGGAAGCUUCGGAUAAUAGGGUGUAAGAAGGACUAAUCAGAGCUGAGUUAUAUGAUCUCGUAUCAUGUCUAGCCUGAUACUGGGAAAAAAAAGAACAAAAAAAAAAAGAUAUUGGAUAAAAUCGUUAGAAAGAAUGUAAUACUUUUAAAAACGUGAAGAGUGACUAACUUCACAGUUGCAAAACCUAUAAUUCACGUGCAUUAAUGAUCAUAUUCAAAAAGGAAAAAAACAGUUACUAAUACAUCAAAAGAAAACCUAUGAAAAAUUCGGUGAUUCUAUGUAGACGUUUUAUGUGAUAUCAUUUUCUUUUAUUUAGUCUAGUGUUAAUUCUAUUUACAUGAUUUAAAUGUUAUUUCAAUCACAAAGGAAUGGAACGGAGUUGCUGAAUUCUAUGGUGAGGUGAAAAUUUUUUGUAACGGCUGGAUGUGGGCCAAUAAAAAAAUUUUAAAAA